AUGGAUGAUAGUAAUGUGAAAGAGGAGUGUGGUGGUGAAGUUGAUAUUGAAAGUGGAUUGGUAAUAAUUGAAGAUGAUUCUGGUAAUACUAAACAAGGGAGAACAUUAUUUGAAAAAAUUUAUUGUGAUUUUGUUGGAGAUUCUAUAAAAAGUGAUGAUAGAAAUAGUGAUUUGGGUGGAGUUUCCAUGGACAUGGUGAAAGUGACAACAGACAAGUUGUUACCGGGGAAAGACUCUGUGAAGAGUGUAGAGAAUUGUUUAGUUAAGGAGAAAAGGAAAAAGUCUGGUAACAAAAAAGCGGCGAAACCUCCACGAGCUCCACGUGCACCGUCGUUGGAUGCGGCUGACCAGAAGUUAAUUAGGGAGAUCACUCAACUUGCCAUGGUGAAGCGUGCGAGGGUAGAGCGGAUGAAGGCGUUGAAGAAGAUGAAAGCGGCUAAAUCGUUGUCGCCGUCUCCCGGUAGUGGCGUAUUUUCGUUGGUUUUGACUGUUGUCUUCUGUAUUGUGAUCUUAGUUCAAGGCAUGUCAGCAUCAUCUGGAAAGAGUUCAGUAACAAGUUUCCAGGGGUCUCCUGUAUCUGCAGAAGGAGCUGAGGCUGGUCUUAUCGCAGUUCAACUUCAACACCACUUGAAUCCAUCUUCAAUUGAACAUCGUGCACCUUUAGAGUCUCACAAAAUUGUUCAUGUUUCAUAUUUGCCUAGAAAGCUGAGAUGA